AACGAGCGCGGUGGUGGUGCUGUUGUAGAAAGUCUUCAGCCCUCUCUCAGCUAGCUAAAUAAUAUUAGCUAAGUGCCAACUGUAAACAGGAUCAUUCUGUGACUAAAGCUACUGCAUAUUCACUGGCUGGAGGCUGGGGAGAUUGUGUGUUCUCCAUAAUGUACUUGGAAGAGCUGCUCUACCUGCUCCAUCCCGGAAUGGGAAUAUAAUGAAUCACUAGAACGUUUAUGGAAAUAACUGACAGCAGUGGAACAACACAGGAUCUUCCCAGUCACAAAAUGUUGACAAGGAAAAGUGUUCCAUGGUCUAUGACGAAGACAAAGAAUGUGCCCACUCCAGGAGGAUUCCAUUUGAGCGCUCCAUGUCCUCUCCCUCACUCUCCACAAACAUCAGUGCUGUCAGGUGAAUAUUGUAAGCCUGCAGUGAUGGGCCAGAUUGCAGUGAGUCCAGGGCAUCGCUCAAACAGCCCAGAAACCAUCAAAGAGAUUCUACUGUCUGCCGUGACAUCUGACUUCCAACCACCUUCCAGAGAAAAAUUGAUGAUUGGUUCCAGGCUUUCUCCAAAAAGUGUGGUAGAAGAUGGUGAGAUAAAAAAAUGGCAGAAUCAGAAGACUCACAAUGACAAUAAGCCACAGAAAGGUGGCACUGUAAUUCAGAUAGUCAUGAGAGAAGAUGCAUCAAGCAGCAACACUUCAGUGGAUCCACCAGAUGAACUGACUGCACAAACUGGUCAUGUGGUUUCUAACAGUUUGAGAAAACUCAUUCAUACAGCACAAUCUACAGCUGCCAGGUGUAUAAGCUUUAAUGACGGGGUUCCACCUACCAGCAACACAAGAUCUGAGAUCAACCAGAGGCACUCGCAACGUAUACAAUCUGAAUCGUGUAUCAAAUCAGAGAGUGCAGAGCGAGACCCAAAUAAAGGAACAGAAACUAUUAUCUACACAAGUCUCCUUUCAGAUCCUAGUUUCAGUGCAAGCAGAGCUCUGGAAAGGGAGAAUACUCAUCUAAUUGUUGCCGAUAUGGUAAUUGCUACUUUAGAGAAUGUAAAAUGCAACAUCCUAUCUGAGCAAUCAAAACUGGCGGAAGAUUAUUGCCUUUCAAGGACCCCAACACCAGCAGAUCAUAUCAGCAGUUGUAUCAAGAAGGAAAUGCACUCUGGGUCAAUAAACUCCACAGACAGUGGUUAUGAAUGUGGCUCCUCAACCCAACUGGACGAUUCCUUCGACUCUGGCACCACGACCCUGUAUGAAGACCAACAAAAUGGUGAUAAUGAUGCAGCUGAUGCUGAUGACCAUGCUUAUGAUGGGUUUGUGAUCAUAGAAUUUGAUGACCUUAAUUUUGGUCCUGAUGGCACCUGGAAAGCAAUUGAAAGGCAACGUUUGUCGGCUGAACACUUAGCUAGACGACUGUUUAAAUCAUUCAGGACAAUGUGGAUGCCCCCAGAGUCUGAAAUUCAUCAAUUUGACACAGUGGAAAUGGUGUUGGAUAAGUUCCUGCCGCUGAAGGACACUCUGCCUGGUGCCGAGGAGUCUGUGGACUUGACUGCAGAUUUCAAACUAAGUUCCCGUUUGAGAGGAACUGAAGACUGGGCACCUCCUCGAUUUCAGAUUCUGUUCUUCCUCCAUCCGCCGCAGAAGAGAGAAGCUGUUGUAGCUGCUCAAAAUUCUAUGUGCGCUGGCUGUGGAACUCCAAUAGAGCUCAAAUAUAUUAAAAAGCUGCGUUAUUGUGAAUAUUUGGGGAAAUAUUUCUGUGAAUGCUGCCAUCGGAAUGACGAGUCCCCCAUCCCAAGCCACAUCCUAACAAAGUGGGAUUUCAGCAAGUAUCCAGUGUGCAAUUUUUCCAAGCAGCUGUUGCAGAGUAUUUGGAAUGACCCACUAUUCAACAUAUACUGCAUCAACAAAGCUCUCCUCAGCAAAGUAAAGGAGCUGAGAAAAAGUGUGGGAAUUCAAGAGAAGCUAAUUCACAUUAAGAAGUUGUUAAGCUCCUGUAGACUGGCUGAAAGUGCCAUGAUGGAAUUUCAGCAAGUACACCCUCAUUUGACAAGGGAGCUGUACCUUUAUUCCCUCAACGAUCUUACGAGGAUGAAAUGUGGCUUGCUUGUUCCAGGGCUAAAAGAUAUUCUAAAAACUGCACUUGCUCAUGUGGAAGAUUGUCAGUUGUGUCUAGGAAAAGGCUUCAUCUGUGAAUUCUGCAAGAAUAAGAAGGUUAUCUUCCCCUUUCAGACAAACCAAUGCAAACGAUGCAAUACUUGCAAAGCUUGCUUCCAUAAAGAUUGCUUCAAAUCAGAAGAGUGUCCAAAGUGUCUGAGAAUUCAGACACGAAAAGAAUUGCUCCUCACUUUUCAGCAGCCCAUGGAUUAGGAAGUUAUGUGGAGUCUUCAGAUCUGAUGUGAUACAAUUGGAAUGAGUUGAUCACUUAUACAACGAAAAUGUAACUGAAGCCCAAUAUGAACCAAACUUAAUCCUUUUUAAAAUUGAAUAACAAACGGCGUCUGGAACGCUAUGAUUUGAUUAUGGAUUCUGUGCAUCACAAAACCAAACUUUUUCAUGCACUAUAAACUUGUAGGGACCCAUAGCAAUAGCACAACUAGGAGAUAUAUAUAAUAUGUAUAUAUAUAUAUAUAUAUAUAUAUAUAAUUUAACAGACAUGUCCAGUGUAAAUGAAGUCUAAGUAGCGGACACGAUUAUCCGAAAGCCAGAGAAGUUUACCCUAUAUGUUUUCUCAAAUUAGGACUUCAAGACAAGAUUUUAUUUUUUUACUAUCCAUACAACGCAGCUAGUUCUAACAUGUCACAUAAUGCUAAAAUGUAUUUUAUGCAGUAGUCAUGAAGCAAAUGAGUAUUUAGGUUUUGCUUCUAUGCACCACAAUUGUUUUCUUGGGUAAGGAGCUAUGAAUUUACAACCUCCCUCCUCCCAAACGAUGACCUUUUUGUUUAUUUAAAAAAAAGUGAAAUGUCUCUCCAAACUGCAU